AUGGACUCAAUCGAGUCGUCGCCCCAAAACGUAGAUUCUUCGCGUACCAAGACUCCGUCACGAACGCCUGCCACAGCCCGAACCCCAAAUGCCCGUCGCGCUGUCAGCGCCGAUCCGCCCUCAUCACAUCGUUCCGCUGUCCAUACGCCUCUUGACCGCACUUCCACUCGGGAAUUCAUCAACUCCGUCCGACGCGGCGUCUCAGCAUCCGGCGGGCAUCGCAACAAUGCGCCAACGCCCCAUGCGAAAGCUGCGCGCCAGGCCCUUGACCAGCGCCGCAAUGCCCUGCUCACUCCGGGAAAGAUUAGGCGCCAGAGCCUGGUAGACCAGAGGGAAACCCCGAUGGGUCUCUUGGGACGUCUGGCUGGAGUAUUGGCACCGGUUAGCAAGCCGAUUGUGUCGUCGUCCCCGCCGCAGGAUAAGCGCUCGAGCUUUGCGCCCAUUCAAGAGGAAGAUGACGACGAUGCUGACUUGCCCAGACCACGUCUGUCGCUGCCAAUUGACCAAGACGAUGAGUCUGAUUUGGUACCACCGCGUUCUUCGGGUUUGGAAUCAGAACCCACCCUCCCAGUUAUUGAAAAACCUCGGCGAGCUUAUAGUGAGCAGCCGAGCAGACUUUCGGGGCCCGACUUUGGCGGCGGCUUUGACAGUGAUGCCUUUGAUCCUAAUGAGGCUACUGGGGAUAUGGGGAGGGUAUCGGAUUUUUUCCCUGGCUCGUUGUUGGACAACAUUCGAGCUCAGGCGAUUGCAAGUGGCAACCAAACAAUCACUCGAAUUGAUGAUGACUCGAGGCGAAAUACAGUCACUGGGCGAGACAGUGAGUUUGGGCUGCAAAUACCCCCUGGUGCGGAAGAAACAACCUUUAUGAUGUCGGAGCCACCGGCAGAUGGCGGUGGUACAUCUCCCCUUGUGGUUGAAGAAUCCAUAGCUGAGACAAGGGCAAACAAUACCGCCAAUCAAAGUGGCAUUGGAGACGUCACUCUGACAAGACCACCCGGUCCCAAUGACGACGACGGCGACAACAUGAUGGACGUUUAUAACGACCCCGACCCGGUUCCAAUAAUACAAACGGAGCCCGAACCUGUGGAGGGGAAUGACGAAGAUGACGAAAUUGAACCAUAUAUCGAAGAAAUUGAAGGGCAAUCCGUGGACGAAGAGGAACCAGUCGAACCCUCAUCUGCGACAAAGCCCUCAAGAGACAGGUUAAAACCCAAGAAGCGCCAACGAAGGGUGUCAAAACAUGGCAUAGAAUACCCAGCACUGCCACCAACGUUUGUCAAGAGAGUAGCCCAAACGGCCCUGCAGUCUUCGGGUCUCAGUAACCCUCGGGUAUCGGCUGAUACCCUCACCGCGCUCACCCAAGCCUCAGAGUGGUUCUUUGAGCAGCUGGGUGAUGACUUGGGCGCUUAUGCAAACCAUGCAAAACGGAAAACUAUCGAGGAGAGUGACAUGGCUACGUUGAUGAGACGGUAA